ACGCGUCCCAUUCUCCAGGCGGACGGCAUCGGCUUCUGCCGGCGAUUCGACGAACGCCCCCCCGCCGCUCAUUCGCACGUCGCGAUCACCGCCGACUCUUCAGUUUCAGUGCGCCCUCCGAAGCCGUCGCUUACCCUAAACCACCUGCGGAAGAACCACAAAAAGUGAAGUUUUUAUUAUGAACUUUUUCAAUUUUUAAAAAUUUCCGUUUUUCAAAAACUUCGAUCGACAUGGAUCCGUUCAGCAUUGACAAGUCUUUCUACGAGAUCUCCAGCGACCUCAGGGACCUCUGGGAUACCGACAUGGACUCUUCUAUGCCUGAGAUCAAACUAACGGAAGACGAAUGGUGCAUCGGAAAUUAUUUCACCUCAAAAUCGCAAGUGAUAAUCAGGGACCGCCUUAUGAGCGAUGCAGUUUUAGGAGAUACACCAAUUAAAUCGGAACAUUCUUACUGCAGCCUCUUCAAUCAAAAUGACAGUCUCAAAACAAGAAGCAUCAUGAUAAAAGAAGAGAUGGAAGAUGACAUACUCCCAACAGUUGAACCGAAAGCAGCAUCUGGUAGAGUGAUUUCACCUUCUGAAAUGAUCGUUGUUAAAUCAGAACCUGUCAGUCAUCCUGCAUCCCCUCGAUCGGAAUGCCCUUCCCCGCCAAUUACCCUGCCGACAGUUUAUGCUACAAUCAAACCCGAACCUAAGACUUAUAGCAAAAGUGUUUUAAAACCAACGACUGUUUUAAUCAAAGCCAAAACAAAUGUCACUACAAAAAGGAAGCAGACGCUUAACAAUACCAGCAAAGCAGAGCCCUCGACAUCAGGAUUUCCUUGGCCUCCUACGCCACCAUCAUCUAUCUCAAGUGAUAGCGAGGGUAACGUAUCACCAUUGCAUCCAUCAUCAACUGCAUCUCGCCUUGUCAUUGCCUCCACUGUAUCAUCAAGGCAGCCGAUACAGACAACUCUCAUUAGCUGUCAACCGAAAGGGUCAACUGGUAUUUUACUUCUAACAGAAGAAGAAAAGAGGACUCUUUUGGCUGAAGGAUACCCUAUACCUGUUAGACUUCCACUCACCAAAGCUGAGGAAAAGACGCUGAAAAAAGUGCGAAGGAAGAUUAAAAAUAAAAUUUCAGCCCAAGAGUCUCGGAGGAAAAAAAAGGAAUACAUGGACACCCUCGAGAAAAAAGUACAAUUGCUUGCUUCAGAAAAUUUCGAAUAUAAAAAGAAAAUAUCUUCUCUGGAAGAUAUAAACACCAAUCUUCUAAGUCAAGUAGCAAAACUAAAGUCAAUAAUAGCUAAUUCACAGAAGUGAAGAGGCUUGGAAAAACGAUUUUUCUCAGACAUUCUAUAUCAUAUGAUGCCAAGAAUUUAAUAUGAGGUAAAAAAACAUAUAAGUAGCAAAUAAAAAAAGUUGUAAUUUGUUUAAAACAUAAAUGCAAAUUGUUUAAAUUUGAGUAUUGUUUUAAACUGAUUGUUGCAAUAUGUAAAUCAUAUAAUGUUUAUGUUAUGUACGUUUGAUGUUUAAAGAGAAAAAAAAUCAAAUUGAAUGGUUUAGCACUUUUAAUCAUGUUACUUAAUUUAAUUUUAGCUAUUGCGUAUUAUUAUUAUUAUUUUCAAAGAUAAUUCAGUUUAUUUAGAGCACUUGGUACUAUGAUAGUACAAUUGAGUGAUUUUAUGUGUUAAUGUAAUUGUACUACUUGAGUUUAUUGUUGUUUAUUUAUUGUUUUUUUCUUUUCUUCAGUUUUCAUGUUUUUAUUACACACCCUAAAAACAAUGCUCCACAAAUAGUUUUACAGACUUUCAAAUAUUAAAUACUUAGUAUUGCUAGAAUUUUUUUUAAAGAUGUGUAUAUUUUUCUAUAUAUCAUGCAGUAUGCUUAGUAUAAUAUUUUAAAAGAGUGGUGGAAAAAAAAUAUUGUUUGUUUUUUUAUGAGAAAAUAAGAUCAAACAGCAGCUGGAUGUGAAAUAAAAUAGUUGCAGUGUAUUAUUUAUCUUGUAAUCUAAAUAAGAUAAAGAAUAGUUAUGGACUGUUCUUACAAAAAUCUUUUUAUUAUUUUUUUUUUAAAUUUUAUUUUACACAAUGUCUAUAUAUGUGGUAACACAAUUCUAUUUAUUUUUACUUAUUUUUAUGAAGUUUUGUAAAUUAUAUAGAUUAUAGAUGAUUGUUACCAACUGUACAAAAAAAAAAAAA